AUGGCAGCAAUCAAGAUCUUUGGCCUCGGAGAAAACUGCAAGCCAUUGUGGAAAGAUGCUGGUGCAAAGUACGACGAAACAGACGAACAUUUAGUUAUCAUGGGUAAACCGGUUAUGGAGCGUUGGGAAACACCGUACAUGCAUAAACUGGCUUCAAUAGCAGCAUCCAAAGGUGGCCGAGUCCUUGAGCUUGGCUUCGGACUGGCUAUUUCGGCGACGAAAAUUCAGUCCUUUGCAGUAGAUGAACACGUCAUAGUAGAAUGCAAUGACGGAGUCUUCAAAAGGCUGGAGGCAUUUGCUGAAACGGCCAAGCAGAAGGUGACACCUCUGAAAGGUCAGUUGUGAGGUCAAUCAAUCAACCAAUCACUCAAAAAUCAAUCAGUCAAUCAAUCAAAUUUAUCACGGUUAUGACUAUAUUCUUGAUGGACAGCCUAUUAAUUCAAUUUCAACCAGCUACAGUGAAGGUAGCUGACGUUUUCUUUUCUGGCAAGGUUUUUGGCAUGUAUGAAGUUGUUCAGACCUUCUAAAGGUAUUUUGCAUGGUUGGUUUGUUUACAUCCCCUCCAACUAACUGAAGGCUUUUUAGGGUAAAAUUCCAACAAGUGAAUUGACCUUGAAACAGCAAAUCUUGCGUAAUUUGUGCACCCCUUGGUUGAGUACUGGUUGGCACUAUCGGUCGACUUGUCAGUCAAGUAUUGAUCACCAUAUCGGUUGACAUGUCGAUAGAUAUGUUGGUCGACACUCAUCCGAUAUGUCGGCCGGUGUAUCGACCAACAUGUCGACAAAAAUGUUGGCUGAUACACCAGUCAGUAUAUCAGUCGGCACUCGAACAAUACAAGCUUAAAGGGGUGUCAAUUGUUGAUGGAAUAUCAGUUGACUACUGGAGGUGCAUCGGUUGACUGUCAUUUACCACAAAUUCUCUAUUAAGCCCCCCAGGGGGCUUAUUUAUUUCAAGCCCAUCUAAUGGGGGGGGGGCUUAUUUGAGGGGGGGUUAUUUAAUUUAAAAAGACAAUGGUAUCAGUUCUCCAUAAAGACCUAGAAUACAAAGUAGGUAAAGGUUGGAGGUUAUGCAGCCGAGGAUUAAAAACAAAUCAGAACUUCCAGUUGGUAUAAAAUAAACUAUCCUGGAACAGUCCACUCAAAGUUAAACAGUCAUAAUUGAUUAAUACAGUCUAUUAUUAUUAGAGGGCUUAUUAGAGGGAGGGGGCUUAAUAUAGGAUUUACAGUAAUGGAAUUUGUGUUUUAAAUUCAGAAAGGGGAAUCUGCAUGGUUUCAGUGUUACAUGCAAGAUGUCGCAGUCCAGGGGUUUGAAAAUAGUUUCCUUUCUGUUGUUUGUGUCAACCCAAGUCAGCCUCACUGCGUCAACUUGUUGAAUUUUUGCUGUGGCUCUAUGCAUGUUAUAAUGUUAGAUUGUCCAUCAAUACCUCUCAGAGGCAUGCCAUAGUGGUCCCUAUUCACACACUUGACAUUAUACUCUCACAUUAUACUGGUAAAAGCUGCCAAAGCUAGGUAUUUUCAGGAAUGCCCACAUGCUUUCCUGAAAGGUACCUGUAUAUGGGGUUGUUAAUGUGGAGGAAGGAAGAUCCCAGCAUUCCAGGCAUAGCUAAUCAAUUUAAUGAAUAUCGAUUUCCGAUAUCAAUCAAUAAAAAACAAUAAAGAAAAAAGUUGUGACUUCGAUUAAUAUCAGUUUGUGAUAUAAAUUGAUAAGGAUUGAUUUAUUGAUAGCCUGCGUUAGCGUAGCAAGCGUUUCCUUGCGAGUUCGUCGAGAAAGUUGGGACGAGAGCAAAAAAAAAAAAGGAAUGACGGGGGAGGGGAAUGAAGGUACCGCUUGCCCGCAAACCCCGCGAUUUUGAAAAACUGCGUUCGACCACGAACGCAGCUUCUGAUUGGCGCGGUGAUGGUAGUGUUGAUUACUUAGCACUCGAAACAUCAAUCAAACCAGGUAUGCUUUGUUUACGUGCGUCACAGAUCUGGUUUCAUCUGAUUUGUGGUUGCAGAUUACAAAUGCUUUGGACUGAUGUUUAUUUGAAUCGUGUUUGUGUGAAGGUUUAUAAAAUCAAAGUCUUCAAAGUAUAAUUGGAGAUCGAGCAGUGGAUAGUAGGGAAGGCCAAUUUAUUGGGAAUGACCAGAAAUUCAUAACGGGUUGCAACCCCUUAUGAGUUUCUGGAAUGACGGCGUACAGAUCUGACUGAAAAAAAUGGACUGUUUGUUGGAGAUAACAUCAACGUAAAUCAUAACAUCGGUACUCGACACUAGCUAGAGCCGCUAUUUUGACGAGCUGUCAAUUUACAAAUCAACCGAACCGUGAAAUAUCAAGGGGCGUUUUCCAGAAUCGUGGGGUUUGCGGGCAAGUGUUUCCUCUUCUCCCCUCCCCCUUCCACCUUUUUUUUUUGCUCCCGCUCUAAUGUUCGCGCAGUAACUCGAUUGGAAACACUUGCUUUGCAGGCUAAUUUAUUGAUUUUUAGUGAUUCCCAUUGAUUAAUAUUGGAAAAGACUUAAGUCAUGAAGUUCAGGAUGUUGUCUGUACAGUAUUAUUUAUUACGUCAUUCAGUCAUGAUAGUAUGCAGUUCUUUAAAUUUAUUGAUAAAAUACUGAAAAAGAACAAAAACUGGAAGAAAUCGUCAGAUAAAAUCUUUAAAUAUUCCUCAGCUUUCACCAAACCUACAUGUUCAUGUAGGAUGUCCCCUUGUCUGGAAAGAUCACAGCGAUCUGGAGUACUUCAAUGCCUGUAUAUAUGUUAAAGGUCAAAAUUGAAUUCAGGUUAAAUUUUUUUAACCUAGGUUGAUUCUCAAUUGUCUCCUAGCCCUAGGGCCAGGAGAGAGACAUGAAAUUGAGAAUCAACCUAGGGUAAAAAAUUUUGACCUGUAGUAUAUAUACUGCACUGAAUUGGAUUCCAUUCUGAGUGACAUUGCAAGGAAAGAAAUGCGAAGUGCAGCUGAUGGUGCUGGACCAGAUUGAAUGGACAAGUAAAAAUCCAUUAAAACUAAAUUAAGAGACAAAAAAUAAAAGGCGAUGAAGGCUAUGCCUGGAGUAGUUGUUGAAGUAAACAAUAUAAUGGGUUAAGCGCAAAGCUGCUCUUGUUGGUUUUGUUUGCCAAGUAUCAUUGUCAUGUAAUGAUGUUCAGAAUAUCUUAACCAUGCAUGUACCUCUCAAGAUUUUAUUCCUUAUCAUCAAUAACUAUUGAUUGUUAUGUAAUGUUUAAUAAACAAGCAGCAUGCAGUGUACUGUUGGGUUUAGAUCCGAUGAGACACAUGCUGUGAGUUUAUGAAGUGAGUUCAAAGACAUUUCUGGAAAAGCGUGUCUCAAUAGAGUUGAUAACAAUCAUUAUGACGCUUGAAUUUUGUGAAUGACGGAAAUUAGCAUACAAGAAAAACAUUAUGUAUGAGAUUAUUAGUCAAGAAAAGUAAAUCUCACACGUGUUUAGAAAUUUUCCAAUGUACGAACAACACUAACCGAAGAGAACAUGGUGUCUUGUUCCAUUGCGUUUCGGAAGCUAAAAAAUUCUGAGGAAGAGAGAAAGUUAAUCCAAAAUGGUACCCUAAAGUCAACAAGCACAGUGAAAAAGUAGUGUUUUUAAAAAUUUUUCUGGAAUGGGCGAAUGGUAGCAAGUCGUUUAUUGGGUAAUUACAGUACUAAAAACUUACACCAAGAAUUCCUAGGAGUACCCCCUUAGACCCUAAAGAGAAUAAAGGACCACUCAUAGUCUGACAAACUGCUGACUUAAAAUCAUUUAAGUCACAGCAAAAGUAGCAAACUCUUUAGCAAGCUUUUUCACACACAUAUUCAUGUACUUUUUUAUCUUUCAUAGGGCUGUGGGAGGAGGUAGUGCCCUCCCUUGAUGAUGAAUCAUUUGAUGGCAUCAUGUAUGACACGUACCCUUUGUCAGAGGAAACAUGGCACACUCAUCAGUUCUUGUUUAUCAAAGACCACGCCUACCGUCUCCUUAAACCAGGAGGAGUGCUGACCUUCUGCAAUCUGACGUCUUGGGGAGAGUUGCUUAAGACAAAAUAUAAUGACAUUGAGAAGAUGUUCGAGGAAACACAAGUCCCUGAGUUACUGAAAAGUGGUUUUGUAAGAGAGAACAUAUCAACUGAAGUUAUUGAUGUUGAUGUUGAUCCCAAUUGCUGCUACUACAGUCACAGGAAAAUGAUUGCUCCUACUGUUACAAAGCUUUAA